CUGUCAGCUGGUGUGGGCAAAGUAUUUUUUUUUCUUUCUCCUUUUAAAUCAGGAUAAGAAAAGAGGAAAGAGUGGAUAUGGAGACGACUACGGGCUACGACUACUACGAAUAUGAGGAGUCAGAAAACUCCUCUAUGUGUGACUACUCGGAGUGGACGCCGUCAUACUCUGUCAUCCCAGUACUCUACAUGCUCAUUUUCAUCCUGGGCCUCUCGGGAAAUGGAGUGGUCAUCUUCACCGUGUGGAGAGCCAAAGGCAAACAGCGAGCUGCUGACGUCUACAUCGGAAAUCUGGCCCUGGCCGACCUCACCUUUGUGGUCACGCUACCCCUCUGGGCAGUUUAUACAGCCAUGGGGUACCACUGGCCCUUCGGAGUGGCCCUGUGCAAGAUCAGCAGCUACGUGGUGCUGCUCAACAUGUAUGCCAGCGUCUUCUGCCUCACCUGCAUGAGCUUUGAUCGCUACCUGGCCAUCGUCCACUCUCUGUCCAGCAAACAGCUGCGCACCCGGGGCCAGAUGCAAAGCUCCCUGAUAGUCAUCUGGCUGCUGUCUGUUAUACUGGCCGCCCCGACUCUCGUCUUCCGCACCAUCAAACAUGAUGCAGAAACCAACCGCACAUCCUGUGCCAUGGACUUCAGCUUGGUGGUGACAAAUAAACAACAGGAGACCCUGUGGAUUGCAGGUCUCAGCAUCUCCUCCUCCGCUCUGGGCUUUCUUCUACCUUUCCUGGCAAUGAUGGUGUGCUACGGUUUCAUCGGCUGCACCGUCAACCGCCACUUCAACACCCUGCGCAAAGAAGACCAGCGUAAGAGACGGCUGCUGAAGAUAAUCACCACACUGGUAGUGGUGUUUGCCGCCUGCUGGAUGCCCUUCCACAUCCUGAAGAGUGCUGAUGCCCUCUCCUACCUGGACUUGUUCCCCGCCACUUGUGACUUCCUGCGCUUCCUGCUGCUGGCUCACCCCUACGCGACCUGCCUGGCUUAUGUCAACAGCUGCCUCAACCCCUUUCUUUAUGCCUUCUUUGACCUGCGCUUCAGAUCCCAGUGCUUGUGCCUACUCAACUUGAAGAAGUUCUUGCAUGCCAGUCCAGCGAGCUCCCUGUCCUCACAGAAGACAGAGACUCAGUCUCUGGCCACUAAGGUGUGACUAUGGAUUAACACCCAGAGACACGCUGGGGUAGAGACGAACACUGCAGAACAAUGUAGGUGAAUCAAAGGUUUCCAGCACUGCGUGCUUACUUAUGGUUCAUCAGCAGUCAGUUUCAGGGUGUAACCUUUGCUCCCUCUGACUCUGGACUAUUGACUGAAGAAGACUUGUGGUUCUGGUGUCUGACUGCACCAAAACCCCAGCCUCAUUUUCUUUUUUCAGCAGUAGGCAACAAAACUGAACUAUAUAAGGGAACAUGAGAAAAAAAAGAUGACAUACUCAUCAGUUCCUCUUCUCUGAACUCUGAAACAAUGUCCUGAAGUCAUGGGAAACUGUAUUAGGUUGAUUAUAAUUACGCAGUUCCUUUUUCUGUUAAUAAACUCCUGAGGUGGUGUGAUAUGUUAAA